AUGGUUUCAUUCAAGAACUUAGCAAUUGUUACCCUUGUUGUAACAACCUCGUCAGUUGAAGGUAUAUCAUUCUCCAAUAUUUAUUUAAACAAGGCCAUCACUAUUUUCAAAAACCCCACUUCAUUAAUCCCAUCAUUUUCAAAUUCUAAAUUAAUUAAUUUCCAAGAUACUAAACCAAUUCCUGGUGAUUCUCCAAUUGAAGUAUGUGAUGCCACUGAAAAACAAUUGUUACAUUUAGAUGAAGUUAUUCUUACUCCAAAUCCACCAGUUGCUGGUCAAAAUUUGACAUUUACCGCGGUUGGUACUCUUGAUGAAACCAUUGAAGAAGGCGCAUAUGUUGAAGUUGAAGUUAGAUAUGGUUUUAUUAAAUUGAUUCAUCAAACUUAUGAUUUAUGUGAAGAGAUUGUCAAAGUUGAUUUACAAUGUCCAAUUCAACUGGGGAAACAAACCAUUACUAAAAAUGUUGAAAUUCCUGAAGAAGUUCCACCAGGUAAAUAUUUGGUUGUUGCUAGAGCUUAUACCAAAGAUGAUGAAUAUAUCACUUGUUUAACCGCUACAAUUAUAUUCCCUGUCCAAUAA